AAGUCCCGCAAUAAAGCUGGACUCAUAUUACAGUUUACGUGGAACAACACGAUCGAUAAUCUAUAACCGCCUGAGGAGAAUGAAAGGUAGAUUUUUUCUUAUUUUUUGUCUUGUUUGCCUUGUCAAAUCAAAAGAAAUUCAAGGAUUCAUUGAUGUAUCAGAUAAAGGAUCGAAUACCCCACUUACGUGGUUCAUAUUACAACGAUUGACUCAGAUUGGGACACAGCUGGGAAAUCUUCAAACACAGAAUCAUGAUAAACAAGGAAGGCUUAGCAAAGUGGAGGAAAAUGUAGCAAACCUCAAGACGAAGAUUGGAGAUAGAAACAGUCAGGAAUACCGUGUAAUUCUUGCCAGAAUACAAUCAGAUUUGCAGAAGUUAAUGAAACAGAGUGUAAAAGACAAAGAAGAAAUAUCUUCAUUGAAACUAUCUUUAAAGAAGAAUUCAAACAAACUACAGCAAUGUACGACGAAGUCACAGCAACAAGAAGAGGAUAUUUCCAAAAUGAACAUAACAGUGAAUAAGAACUUUAACAGCAUACAACAACGAACGGACGGAACCAAUUACAUCCAAUGGGGUAGGUCAACCUGCACCAGUUCAAAAGCAAAACUAGUUUAUAGUGGUUUUGUUGGUGGAUCGUCAUACACAGUUGCAGGCCCUCCUAAUAAUCUCUGUGUUCCAAAUGAACCACAGUGGGGUUUUUAUGAUAACAAAGUGAACAGCAGUCCCUUUGUUGGUGCUGCUGUGUUCCAAAACUAUGACAUAAACAUCCAGAACACCCUAUUUGAUAAGAAAUACAAUUAUUAUAUGAUCCAAUGUGCUGUUUGUGAUUUGACACAGGCAUCGUCCACCAUGAUGAUUCCAGGACGAAAAAGAUGCUAUGAGAAUUGGAGGAUGGAAUACACCGGGUAUCUGAUGGGCGGUCAUCCUUCAAAUAAGGCUAAUCCAGAAUACAUCUGUGUUGAUGGCAACCCUGAUUAUAUUAGGAAGAUUCCCAGAUUGUCAAACGAAGGCAUUUUGUACUCCGUACACUCGCAAUGUAACGGAGCUACCCCUUGUCCGCCUUAUGUUAACGGUAGGGAGAUGACAUGUGUUGUCUGUUCGAAAUAAAAUAUGUUCAUGCUUAUUUCA